CAGCCUUGGAUGAUUGGCGGGCCCAAGGCGACGCGGAGGCGGGCCUCUGCGCCUGAUCGACAGAGCGCUUCCCGCCACUUCUGGGCGAAGGAUCUUGUCUCCGCUAUCGCGAGAUCUCGGAAAUCACAGCAAGUUUCCCUUGGAAGCAGGACUUCCUGUUUGGCCCCUUUCGCCCGCUCUCUGGGGAAGCGACCCGCCCCCUCGCGAAGGAAAGGCGCACGCGGACCUCCACGCUCCCGCGCCCUACGGAGGGCGAGAACGGCAGCCCUGUAGAAACCGGAAGUGGGUGAGCGGAACUGCCACGGGGCCGCUCUAGCCACCCUCUUCUUCCUGUCUCCAUCGCACGCUCUCCCGGCGGCCGCUCAGUUCUCGCGAGACGCUCUCGCGCGGAGGAGGAGGAGGAGACGGCGAAGAUGGCGGCAGCGGCGACGACGGCGAUCUCGCUGAGCACUGAGACAGUCAAGGUGGAAAAUGGACAGAGCACAGCGGCCAAACUGGGACUCCCUCCUCUCACCCCAGAGCAGCAGGAGGCUCUUCAGAAGGCCAAGAAGUACGCCAUGGAGCAGAGCAUCAAGAGCGUCUUGGUGAAGCAAACGAUUGCCCACCAGCAGCAGCAGCUCACCAACCUCCAGAUGGCAGCAGUGACAAUGGGCUUUGGAGAUCCUCUCUCACCUUUACAAUCGAUGGCCGCCCAGAGGCAGCGGGCCCUAGCCAUCAUGUGCCGGGUCUAUGUGGGCUCCAUUUACUACGAGCUGGGAGAGGACACGAUCCGGCAGGCCUUUGCCCCCUUUGGCCCAAUCAAGAGCAUUGACAUGUCUUGGGAUUCUGUCACCAUGAAGCACAAGGGCUUUGCCUUCGUGGAAUAUGAGGUGCCUGAAGCAGCUCAGCUGGCCCUGGAGCAGAUGAACUCGGUCAUGCUGGGAGGCCGGAACAUUAAGGUUGGAAGGCCCAGCAACAUUGGCCAAGCCCAGCCGAUUAUCGAUCAGCUGGCAGAGGAGGCCCGAGCCUUCAACCGCAUCUACGUGGCCUCCGUCCACCAAGACCUCUCGGACGACGACAUCAAGAGUGUCUUUGAGGCCUUUGGGAAGAUCAAGUCCUGCACGCUGGCUCGAGACCCCACAACAGGGAAGCACAAGGGCUACGGGUUCAUUGAGUACGAGAAGGCGCAGUCUUCCCAAGAUGCUGUCUCGUCCAUGAACCUGUUUGACCUGGGAGGACAAUACCUUCGUGUUGGCAAAGCUGUAACUCCCCCCAUGCCUCUCCUCACUCCUGCGACCCCAGGGGGCCUCCCUCCGGCAGCGGCAGUAGCAGCGGCUGCGGCGACGGCAAAGAUCACCGCUCAGGAAGCAGUGGCCGGAGUGACUGGGGCGGCUGUCCUGAGCACGCUAACGACGCCAGGACUGGUGACGCCAGCAUUGACUUUGGCACAGCCCCUGGGGGCCUUGCCGCAGGCGGUGAUGGCCGCUCAGGCACCAGGUGUCAUCACAGGUGUCACUCCCGCUCGCCCACCCAUUCCUGUCACCAUUCCCCAGGUGGGUGUGGUGAACCCCAUCCUGGCCAGCCCCCCAACACUGGGCCUCCUGGAGGUGAAGAAGGAGAAGGAAGAGGAAGAGGUUUUCCAAGAGUCUGAAAGGCCCGAGAUGCUCAGCGAGCAGGAGCACAUGAGUAUCUCUGGCAGCAGCGCCCGCCACAUGGUGAUGCAGAAGCUGCUCCGGAAGCAGGAGUCAACGGUCAUGGUCCUGCGCAACAUGGUGGACCCCAAGGAUAUCGAUGACGACUUGGAAGGCGAGGUGACCGAAGAGUGCGGCAAGUUUGGUGCCGUGAACAGGGUCAUCAUCUACCAAGAGAAGCAGGGCGAGGAGGAGGACGCGGAGAUCAUCGUGAAGAUCUUUGUGGAGUUCUCCAUGGCCUCAGAGACUCACAAGGCCAUCCAGGCCCUGAACGGCCGCUGGUUUGCCGGCAGGAAGGUGGUGGCCGAGGUCUACGACCAGGAGCGCUUCGACAACAGCGACCUCUCGGCAUGAACUCUGCUCCAGAGAGACUCUCCCCGCUUCCUCUCCCUCCCGCCGUGUUUGGGACGCCGCUGGGUCCGCGCCCGGCGCUCCCGCCAUCUUUGUGUAGUUUGGAUAAAAACGCAGGAAGAAAA